UGCCAUGCCGCCCAGGGAGCGCGGCAGGGGCCGGCUGCCGGUUCCUCUGCCGAAGGACAUGAUCCUGAAAGACACCGAGGGAAAAGUCUGGAGGCUGGGCAGCCAGAUCGGCCAGGGAGGAUUUGGUUUGAUCUAUCUAGCUUCCCCUCAUACUCACGUUCCUGUAGAAGAUGAUGCAGUGCAUGUAAUUAAAGUGGAGUAUCUUGAAAAUGGGCCCUUGUUUUCUGAACUGAAAUUUUACCAGAGGGCUGCAAAACAAGAGCAUAUAAGAAAAUGGAUGAAUAUCAAAAAAAUAAGAUGUUUAGGAAUUCCAGUGUUCUGGGGAUCAGGCUUGACUGAGUACAAGGGAAAAAGCUAUAGAUUCAUGGUCAUGGAGAGACUGGGGGAAGACCUUCAAAGCAUCUUUAAAGACUGUGGAAGUAGAUUUAAGAAGGAGACUGUUCUGCAACUUGGAGCACGAAUGCUGGAUACUCUGGAAUAUAUACAUGAAAAUGAGUAUGUUCAUGGUGACAUUAAAGCAGCAAAUCUGCUUUUGGGCUACACCAAUCCACAUGAGGUUUAUCUUGCAGAUUAUGGACUUUCCUACAGAUAUUGUCCCAAUGGGAACCACAAACAGUAUCAGGAAAAUCCUAGGAAGGGCCAUAAUGGGACAAUAGAGUUUACCAGCGUAGAUGCCCACAAGGGAGUAGCCCCAUCCAGACGAGGUGACCUUGAAAUCCUUGGCUACUGCAUGCUACAAUGGUUAUGUGGGAAACUACCCUGGGAGCAGAACCUGAAGGACCCCGUAGCUGUCCAGACUGCGAAAACAAAACUUAUGGAUGAGCUCCCAGAUUCGGUGAUGGAAUGGAAUUCUUCUGGAAGCAGCUGUAGUGAACUAUCCAAGUUUUUGGCAUGUGUUUAUGGCUUAGCUUAUGAUGAGAAGCCUAAGUAUCAAGCGCUCAAGAAAAUCUUGCUGGAUGGAUUAGAGUCAAGUGGAACUCGCUAUGAUGGCCCUCUGGAAUUUUCCACUGCAGGAUGCACACGAAAUCGUACUGCUGAAGCGUCAAAAGUUUCCUUACCAAAGCCUGUGCCAAAACCAGUCCAACAGAAGCAAAAAAAGAUGGAAGGCGAGGAAUACAGGCGCCCAAACAAGGCCUGUACUGCGGUAACAGGCAGACGACUCCCAGAUGAAGAAAAGCCAAGUAACGUGCACCGGAUGCUCCCACAACCAGAGCCUCAGCAGGUCCACUUACCAAAGCCUUCGCAGAAACCAGUGCAAAAGAAGCAAAACAAGAUGAAAGAGGAAGACUCCAACUAUCCAAGCAGUCCCCAAGCUCGGGUAACACGCAGGCGAUUCCAGGCGGAGGAGAAGCCAGUUAAAUUGAACAGCACAGUUCAGGAGCCUGACCCACAAAAGACACAAACAGGAAGAGAAUGGCCACCACUCUACCCCCAGGCAACAUUCUCAGAAUCCACAAAGAACAAUCAAGAUCAACUGUUUACUACAGAUCAUCCGGUAUCAUUGCAAGAACCUGGUCUUUCUAUAUCCACUAUAUUUAGACUUGCAUUUACUGAAGAAAGAUACCGCUACAGUAUAGCUAUACUUGUGCUUCUGUUUCUAAUAUUGCUUUCUUUGUCUUUUACUUGAUGUCACUGUUUCGUUGACUUCUGUUUAAAUGCAGCAGUGUUCCCAUCAUGCUGUUUUUCUCAAAGUUUCUUCAUGGAAGAUUUCAGUGUCAGGGGCUUGGAAAAUAGAUUUUUAAAUAAUGUAAAUACGUAUCUUUUAAAAAGAAGUUAUCUUAGACUUUCCAAAUCUGCACUGAAUAGAUUUACGUAUGCACUAAACUAUUUUUGGAAUGUUUUGUACUAUGAAUGUUGUGAUUAAUUUUUUUUGGAAAUUAACUCUUUGCUACAGCAACAUUUAAAAGAAGUAUCACUAAAGAUAACAGCGUGGUAUUUGA